CGGCCAGUGCAAUCUUUUGGACAAACAGGAAAAAGGUCCAAGUCAAAUACAAAGUUAAAGCUAGUUCGGAGCCUUGCUGUGUGUGAAGAAUCUCCACCGCCUCCCACAGCUGAAAUAUCACAGGACAUUCAGGAGAAAAUUCAGAUCCAGUUAACGCAGUCUUUUGAGAAAGAAGAGAAGCCCACAAAAGAUGAAACGGAAAAGGAAAAAUCCAGUGAUAAAUUGUCCAGAAAAAUGUUAUCAAGAGAUUCCAGCCAAGAAUACACAGAUUCAACUGGCAUAGAUCUACAUGAAUUUUUAGUAAAUACACUAAAAAACAAUCCCAGGGACAGAAUGAUGCUGCUGAAAUUAGAACAGGAAAUUUUAGAUUUCAUUGGUAAUAACGAAAUUCCACGCAAAAAGUUUCCCCCCAUGACAUCUUACCAUAGAAUGCUGUUGCACAGAGUAGCUGCUUACUUUGGAUUGGAACAUAAUGUGGACCAGAGUGGGAAGUCAGUGAUAAUAAACAAAACUAGCAAUACGAGAAUACCUGAUCAAAAGUUUUGUGAGCAUAUAAAGGAUGAGAAAUGUGAAGAUUUUCAGAAACGGUACAUCCUUAAAAGAGAUAAUUCUAGUUUAGACAAAGAUGAUAACCAGAUGCGAAUACGCUUAAAAGAUGACAGAAGAAGCAAAUCUAUAGAAGAACGAGAAGAAGAGUACCAGAGAGCUAGAGAACGAAUAUUUGCACAAGAUGCCCUGUGUUCCCAAGAGAAUUAUCUUAUUGACAGAAGAAUCCAAGAGGAGGAAACUAAUAGUACACAGCAAAGGCGGCAGAUAUUUAGAGUCAAUAAAGAAGCUUCAGGGAGAUCAGCCAACAGCCAUCAAAGCAGUACUGAGAAUGAGCUGCAGUACUCUGAACCCCGACCCUGGAGCAGCACGGACUCUGAUAGUUCCAUCCGCAAUCUGAAGCCAGUUGUAACAAAAGCCAGCAGCUUCAGUGGGAUUUCAGUUCUGACAAGAGGAGAUAGCUCUGGAAGCAGCAAAAGCACAGGCAAGCUGUCUAAGACAGGUCAGCCAUUUGUUAACCCCGAUGGCACUCCUGUUGUGUAUAAUCCUCCUAUGCUUCAGCAACCUGUUAGGACCCAAGUGCCUGGACCGCCCCAGCAACCACCUCAGCAGCAACCAGCAGCUAAUCACAUCCUAUCACAGCAAGACAACCUAGGAUCACAAUUUAGCCAUAUGAGUCUUGCCCGCCAGUCAUCUGCUGAUGGUGCUGAUCCACACCCCACCAUGUUCCAGUCUACUGUAGUCCUUCAGCCCCCACAACAGUCUGGCUAUAUUAUAGCAACAACCUCACCUCUGCCACCACCACAAGGCCAACCAGUUCCUAAUCCCAGCUACUCUGCAUCCAGCCAUCCUGUCAACCAGCAAGUGCUGCAGCAACAGGGAUAUAUGCAGCAACCUUUACCACAGAUGCCAGCUUGUUAUUGUGCUCCAGGCCAGUAUCCACACUCCAAUCAACAAUAUCGACCAGUUACUGCUGUCCAUUACAACACACAGCAAAACCCACCACUGCCACAGCCUGCACAGCAGACAGGCUACCAAGUUAUGCCUAACCAGCAGCAAGCCUACCAGGGGUUGGUUGGAGUUCAGCAGUCUCAGAAUCAAAAUCUAGUCAGUAGCCAACACAACAACAUUGGAAAUCAGAUACAGGGUGUGAUUGUUCCUUAUACUUCAGUGCCAUCUUAUCAGGUUUCAGUGCCUCAAGGUUCCCAAGGAAUGCCCCAGCAGACAUAUCAGCAGCCUGUUAUAAUUCCCAGUCAGUCAAAUCAAGGACUGCCCACAACAGGAAUACCGGUUUAUUACAGUGUCAUUCCAUCAGGUCAACAGAAUAAUUUAAGUUCAUCAGUAGGAUAUUUGCAGCCUCCAGGAUCAGAGCCAAUGCAGUUUCCUAGAACAUCUUCCCCAUGCAACUCACAGCAGCUUCAAGGACAACAGUGUACAGCAGUAGCUCCACCACCAGGUGGAGGAGUAGUAAUGAUGCAGCUAAAUAUACCCAACAAUCCUCAGCCUCGAACCCAUUCACCUCCUCAAUGGAAACAAAAUAAAUAUUAUUGUGACCAUCAAAGAGGACAGAAAUCCACCGAGUUUAGCACUUUAGACUGUGCCACGCAGUUACAGCAUAGUCCUCAACUAAAUAGUCCUGCCACCUCACCAGCCCAGUCACCAGCACCAGUUCAACUAUCAAACAUGAAAAAUCUCCGUCCCACGUUAACACCUCUUUCUAUUGUGUCCCAAUUUUCUAGAUCUUUUGUCCCUGGACAAGGAGAUGCCAGAUACCCAUUGCUUGGCCAGCCACUGCAAUAUAACCCUCCUCCCUUAUUACAUGGACAUGUAACAGGCCAACAGUGUCAACCUGGACACAGACAUGGAAACAGAGGAAGGAAACCAGCUAAGAAGGCCGCUUCAGCAGAUCUUGGUGCAGGGGAACCAGUUGUUGGAAAAGUCUUAGAAAUUACUGAACUGCCAGAAGGAAUAACUCGUAUGGAAGCUGAAAAACUAUUUGGAGAACUUUUUAAAGUUGGUGCCAAGAUUCGGUGGCUAAGGAAUCCCCAGUGUCUACAGACGCAACAGCAACACCAACGCCAUUACUGUGGCAGUGGAGAUAGUAAUGUGAACACUGAACCCUCCAAACCUAGUGACUUGGCCUCCACAUAUACAGUUCUAGCUACAUUCCCUACGAUGUCAGCAGCCCAAAAUGCACUGAAGAAACAAAGUAACUCAGCUAACAAGUUUAGGCUGAGAACAAGCAAGAAGCACUAUGAGUUUCAUAUUCUGGAAAGGGCUAGUUCUCAGUAGCAGCUACAUUGUUGGACAUUCAGCCUUUAUUAGUUCCAUGUCAUUCUCUUCUCUACUUGAUUGGCUUGAUGUUACGGGGUUUCUGUUCUCUUCACAGAGACUCCUGGGAUGUGUUCUCAUAUGACAUUAUAGCCUUGGAAGAAUAACCCAGUGAUCCAGCAAGAAGAAGAAGAAUAGAUAUAAAGUUAAUCCCAGACAACUGUAAGAAUCCAUUCUGACAAGAUAGAGAGGCAGCUUUCUAUGAGGAACGCUGUUAAAAUGCCCCUUACUUUUAUAGUAGUUUUGUUUUAUAUUUCUGAAUUCUUGUAUCAGAUCCAAAUCUCUAUUGUACAGCAAACCACUGUUCAUAAUGAAUACCCAUAUUCAGAUCUGUAUUUUGUAAUCCCUUUUCACAGCCAGCACACAACUAUCCAUUUUAGGGCAGAAGGCUUGGGGUGGAAUGGGGUGAGGGGAGGGAGAAUAACUAUUAAGAAAUUACACUGUUUUUUAGCCAACUACGCAAAAGUCUUCAGUUAACAUAUUUCUCUUCCCCUGUUUCUUUUUCCAAUAAAGCAGUUUCAGUAACUUUUAAACUCCGUACACAGUCCUUUCAAGAUUCACUCAGACAGUGUGAAAGAUAAUUACAAAUUAUAUUCUUGAACUCCUUUCUAAUCAAACAGAUUAGCAUAAGUAUUAAAGUGAAAUAUGAAUAUGUCUAAACUACAAAGAAUGUUCAUUGAAGCCAAUUUGGUUUUAGUAAAAGGGUGAAGACAUUAAAAUGUAUCUCCCCAAAUGACAAAAUGUUUGCACUUUGUGUUUCCACUGGUAUAAAUCUUUUUCUUUCUUUGCACUCUAGGAUAAUUGUGUUUAAAUAAGUGCUGGACCCUUCUUAAGUCAUUUAAAUAUGUUUUCAUCAUUUGCAGAGGAUCACUGGACAUCAGAAGUUUCAUUGCACAUACAAACAAAAUCUUUUUUCAAUUUCUAUGUAAUUUGCAAGGCUGUACAAUGUGUGCUGAUGCAAGCCUUUUUUCAGUUCAAGAAAAUAAAUGUUUACAAAUACAAA